AUGGGGCAGAGCAUGAGCUGUGGAACGAGACCGGAGCACGGUAUAUUCGCCUCCGUGCAGUGCGGAGACAUCUUCACAGUACGUCGAGUGAUGACGGCGGAUCCGAGUCUGUUGCAUCAGACCACUCCUUAUGAUCGUCACUCUGUUCUUCACGUAGCUGCUGCUAGUGGCCAGAUCGAGAUAUUGACCUUGCUUUUGGGACGAUUUAAUAAUCCAGAUGUGUUGAAUCGUCACAAGCAGACUCCGUUAAUGUUGGCUGCUAUGUAUGGAAGGAUCUCUUGUGUCAAGAAGCUUGCUGAUGUUGGAGCUAAUGUUUUGAUGUUUGAUUCCGUCAGUAGAAGAACAUGCUUGCACUACGCAGCUUACUAUGGACACGCUGAUUGUGUUCAAGCCAUUCUCUCUGCUGCUCAGUCAAGUCCCGUCGCUUUUCAUUGGGGAUUUGCACAAUUUGUGAAUAUUAGAGAUGACAAAGGAGCGACACCGUUGCAUCUAGCAGCCAGGCAAAGACGCUCUGAGUGUGUGAAUGUUCUGUUGGAUAGUGGUUCCCUUGUUUGUGCUUAUACUAGCUUAUACGGGUCUCCAGGGAGCACACCUCUUCAUUUGGCUGCAAGAAGUGGAUCUAUCGAUUGUGUCAGAAGACUGCUUGCUUGGGGUGCUGACCGUCUUCAAAGAGACGCUUCUGGGCGGAUACCUUAUGUUGUUGCCAUGAAACACAAGCACGGAGCAUGUGGAGCGUUGCUUAACCCGUCUUCUGCAGAGCCUCUGGUCUGGCCAGCUCCGUUAAAGUUCAUCAGCGAGCUUAAUGAUGAGGCAAAGCUGCUCUUAGAACAGGCUCUGAUGGAUGCUAACAGAGAAAGAGAGGAAAGCAUUCUCAAAGGAACUGCUUACUCCUUACCAUCACCAUCUUUCUCUGACAUUGCAUCAGAUGAUAACAUGUCUGAGGUGAGUGACUCGGAACUGUGUUGCAUUUGCUUUGAGCAAGUAUGCACAAUUGAAGUCAAAGACUGUGGUCACCAAAUGUGUGCACAAUGCACACUUGCACUGUGCUGUCACAACAAACCUAACCCAACGACUUCAACGUUGACACCACCGGUGUGCCCGUUCUGUAGAAGUGUCAUCGUACGGUUAGCCGUCGCCCAGGACAACAACGACAAGAGCAAGAGCCAAGAUGAAGUUGUUGAUCGUGAGGCAGGCCAUGUAAACUCCUCAAAACUCAGAAAGCAUAGAAGAUCGAUAAACCUUGGCGAAGAAAGCAGCAGUUUCAUGAGUCUUUCAAGCAUUGGAUCGUUCGGAAGGAUAACCGGCCGUGGCUCGGGAAGGAUUGCAGCCGACAACGAGAUGGUGGACAAACCGAUAUUGUGAGUAUCGAUCGUUAUUUGGAUGAUACAUUUUGGGCGGUAAAUUUGUAGAGUAAGGGGGUGAAGUUGUGAGAAUGUAUAAAAGAGUAGAUGAAAUUUAUUAUGUAAUUCUUUUGUUGUCGGGAGGGAGAUUGAAAUCAGGACAAAUAAAAUUGACUCGUGUAAUUCAAUGAUUUGUUGUUGUUUUUGAUAAGUUUGUCAAAAAAGAAAUUGUUUGUUGUUAUUAUUUGGUUACUUGUAUGAAAGGUAAGUGGAUAAAUCUUCUCGUCUUUGUUUCACUUGUGUUAUUAUGAGAAUUGUUUUGUAACUAAAGGUAUUUUUUACCAAGAAAAGUCUAUCCC